UCCCUUAGCUUGGACCCCCAGGUUGCACCAAUCAGACUGAAGGCCCAGGUGCCCUUUGCAUUAAGGCCAAAGGUUGAAGCUGAGCUCGAUAAGCUCGUGGCGCAGGGCAUACUGGAGCCCGUCGACCACUCACCUUGGGAGACCCCCAUUGGCCGUAUUUUCGCUAAACUGGAUAUGGCGCAGGCCUACCAGCAACUCCCUGUGGAUGAUGAUGCGGCGGCUGCCCAAACCAUCGUCACCCACCGGGGGGCUUUCCGUUGUCGCCGCCUUCAAAUUGAUGCCCAGGGAAUUCAUCCUACCCCUUCUAAAUUGGCAGCUAUCAGGAACGCUCCCACUCCUACUACAAAGGCGCAGCUCCAAUCGUUCCUGGGGCUUCUAAAUUUCUAUGCGCCUUUCAUCCCUCACAAGGCAUCACUAGCCGAGCCGCUACAUCGGUUGCUCGACCGAUCCGCGCCUUGGCAAUGGGGCAGCCGCGAAGCGCAUGCGUUCGCGGCUGUCAAAUCCCUGCUGACGUCAGAGGCAGUCUUAGUGCAAUAUAGCGACAAGAUGCCCCUGACUCUAGCAUGUGAUGCCUCCCCCGUCGGUUUGGGGGCUGUUCUGAGUCACGUCCUGCCCAACGGCUCAGAAGCCCCCAUAGCUUUUUAUUCCAGAACACUGUCCUCGGCUGAGAGGAACUACAGCCAGAUUGACAAGGAGGCUCUGGCUGCAGUGUCUGGAAUCAAAAAGUUUCACGACUACCUAUACGGGCGGCACUUCACCCUAUUCACAGACCAUAAGCCACUCCUUGGGCUACUGGCUGGUGAUAGACCGACCCCUCCUAUCCUCCCAAGGAUGACCCGCUGGACGGAGUUCUUAGCGGCGUAUUCUUACGCCCUGUGCUACCGUCCGGGCAAGCAAAUAGGGCAUGCAGAUGCCCUUUGGGAGCUUUCUAUACAUUCAGGCUGCCUACUGUGGGGCGACCGUGUGGUCAUCCCAACAGUCCUCCGACAACAGAUUCUGCAACGUCUCCAUGAAAGUCACCCCGGAGUAAGCAGAAUGAAGGCCCUUGCUCGCAGUUUCGUUUGGUGGCCAGGGUUAGAUGCAGAGAUCGAAGCCUGGGUCGCCAAAUGCGAAACCUGCCAGCAGUCCCGACCAUCUCCUCCUUCCUCUCCCUCCCGGGAAUGGGAGAUGCCUCGGGGUCCCUGGUCUAGAAUACAUAUAGAUUUCGCUGGCCCCUUUCACGGCCAGACUUUCCUUAUAGUUGUGGACGCGUACUCUCGUUGGGUGGAAGUAUUGCUCAUGCACUCCACCACAUCUGACAGUACUGUGCGAGCCUUGCGACGAUUGUUCGCAACCCACGGGUUGCCGGACACAGUAGUGUCCGACAACGGCCCGCAAUUCACGUCUACAACGUUCCAAACAUACCUGGCCGAGCAAGGGGUCCACCACGCGCUGGUUGCCCCUUACCACCCGGCCAGCAACGGCCGAGCGGAAAGGGCGGUUAGAUCUGCCAAGGAGGCUUUGGGCCGUCUAAACCAUGGAGACUGGCAGGCAAGGGUGGAUGCUUACUUAUUGACACAGCACUCCACACCUUGCCCCCUGACACAGAAAAGCCCCGCGGAGAUGUUGAUGGGCAGGCGCCUGCGGACCACCCUGGAUAGAUUGCAUCCCGUCUAUUCAGGAAUUCAGUCUGGCAACCUGGGGCCUCCAACCCCCUCCCGCACUUUUAAGCCUGGGGACCUGGUUUGGGCUAGAAACUAUGGAGGAGAGACGAGAUGGGUGCCCGCAAUUAUAACCGAAAUAACAGGGCCCGUUUCCUACAGGAUUCGAGUUUCAGAUGGAUCAACCUGGAGAAGACACCUG